UCAGAGGGGGGAAUGUCUGAAGCAGGCUGGUUUAAAAAUACUCCCUCUGGAGCCAGAAAUAGACUUUGUACAGCCUAAUCUCGGCGCAACGGCAGCGCAUCGCGCUUUAACGGUGGACGAACUGCAGGUUUGUUGACCACAAAGAGAGAAAAGGAACAACCGGAGCAGAAAGUUUGUCAUCUUUGAAAAGGGGGAAACGAAACGGCUGAAUCUGCGUCGCCUUCCCAGCUGCGGAUCAAAACAUUAUCAGCGUCUCCAUCCGAACCGGAGCGAGACGCAGCGGAGAUGCUGUGAUGCAGAUCCGCUCCAGGUUGGCUGUUUCCCCGCCCGGUGCUCCAGGUGAUCCGCCGGGAGGAACCAUGGCGCGCUGGAGGUGCUGCUUCCUCAUCCUCGGCGUCGUUUUUGCGCCUGUCUCUGGCGCACAGCUGUCAGAUCUGAAGUUUGAAAAGAGUCCCAGCACCGUCAUCUCGUCCCUGGGCAAACCGGUCAGGAUGCACUGCGAGCUGAAGGGAACCGGAGACGAGAACGCGGUCCCACCCGAUCUGGUCUGGCUCAAAGACGGCGCUCCUCUUCAGUUCGAAGACACGGACCAGUCCCAGACCAUCACCGACAACACCUGGACAGUCACGAGCACGCUCAAAAUUGAGAAGGUCCAGCUGUCGGACAUGGGCCCCUACAGGUGUGCCGUCGAGUCCGAAGGCAACCAGACUCUGUCCAACGUCGGGCGCAUUCAGCUGGAAGGCCUUCCUCAUUUCUCUGUGGAGCCUCAACCCAUGUCUGUUGUGGCCAAUGAGUCCUUGAGUCUGAGAUGUGUGGCUCACGGACCUCCAGAUCCGGUCAAAGUCAUCUGGCUGCGUGAUGGAGCCGAAAUGAACUCCCUGAAUGACCCGGUGGCGCUGUCGCCUUCAACACUCAACCUCACAGGUCUGAACAGAACCAGCACUUUCUCCUGUGAAGCUUAUAACCGGAAGGGUGUGACGACUUCCCGGUCUGGAACCAUCACCGUGUUGCCAUCCCAACCUUAUAAUGUCAAAGCUGUAGAGAUCAAUCAGACCACCGUUCGUUUGUCCUGGCUGCCUGGUUUUGGAGGAAUCUACCCGAUAACACGCUGCUCUGUUCAGGCCAAGCAGUCGGGAGAUUCUUUCCCGGCAGACUCGGAUAAGACGAUACACACCCAGAAAGUGAACGUCCCACCAGCCACGCAUCUCAUCCAGGGCCUGGAGCCCCACACGCGCUACGCCGUCAGGGUGGCCUGCGACAGCAGCCAGGGGCCGUCUGACUGGUCGCCCUGGGUGGAGCUUCGCACACAAGAAGGAGUGCCAGACAGCCCACCAGCCAACGUGACCGCCAAGCCGAACGGGACCGAGGUGCUGGUGUCGUGGGAAGAGCCUCCGGGGAAGCUGAACGGGGAGCUGCAGGGGUACCGGGUGGAAUACAGCAUACCCUCCAUGCCACAGUUUAAUGCGGACGCUGGACUGGACACAGAGUUCUCCAUCAAUCUGUCCGUCCCGUUGUCCAACGUGUCUUUUCGGGUCUGCGCCUACACAGGGGCCGGUCCUGGACCCUGGAGCCCGAUCAGGAUUCUGGUCCUCAAUUCGCCUGAAACGGGGAAAUUCAGAGGUUCGUCAGAUCCGGAAACGUUUUCCUGGCACUGGUGGUAUGUGGUGAUGGCCGUCACCGGCGCCGUGGCCCUCACCAUCCUCCUGGCUGUUUACGUGGCCAAGCUGCGGCGCAAAGAGACACGCUUCGGGGAGGCGUUCGAGCCCAUGAUGGAGCGCGGGCAGCUGGUGGUGAGGUACCGCGCGCGCCGCAGCUACAGCCGCAGGCCGCUGGAGGCGACAUUGAACAGCUUGGGCAUCAGCGAUGAGCUGAAGCAGAAGCUCCAAGACGUGAUGGUGGACAGACACAGACUCACUCUGGGAAAAACUCUGGGAGAAGGGGAGUUUGGCUCUGUGAUGGAGGGCCUGCUAAAUCAGGAAGAAGCUGUUCUCAAGGUGGCUGUAAAGACGAUGAAGAUUGCGAUCUGCACGCGCUCAGAGAUGGAAGACUUUCUGCGUGAAGCCGCCUGCAUGAAGGAGUUUGACCAUCCCAACGUCAUGAGGCUCCUGGGCGUGUGUCUGCAGACGGUGGAGAGCGAAGGUUACCCGUCGCCUGUGGUCAUCCUGCCGUACAUGAAGCACGGCGAUCUGCACAGCUACCUGCUGUACUCCAGGCUGGGCGACUGCCCUGUGUACCUGCCGUCUCAGAUGCUGGUUAAGUUCAUGGCCGACAUCGCCCGAGGGAUGGAGUACCUCAGCAGCAAGAACUUCAUCCACAGAGACCUGGCUGCGCGCAACUGCAUGCUGAACGAGAACAUGAACGUUUGCGUGGCCGACUUCGGCCUCUCCAAGAAGAUCUACAACGGCGACUACUACAGACAGGGCCGCAUCUCCAAGAUGCCCGUCAAAUGGAUCGCCAUCGAAAGCUUAGCAGACCGCGUCUACACAACGAAGAGUGACGUGUGGUCGUUCGGAGUCACCAUGUGGGAAAUCGCCACGCGAGGACAGACGCCUUACCCCGGGGUGGAAAACAGUGAGAUUUAUGACUACUUGAGACAAGGGAACCGACUCAAACAGCCUCCAGACUGUUUGGACUCCAUCUACUCUCUGAUGUUCUCCUGCUGGCUGCUGAGCCCGAAGGACCGGCCGUCCUUCGAGACGCUGCGCUGCGAGCUGGAGAAAGCCCUGGAGGACCUGCCGGACCCGCAGGACCCGGACGAGAUCCUCUACGUCAACAUGGACGAGUCGUCCUCGGAGCUGGGCGCCGUGGGCGGCCGCGACCCGGCCGAGGCCUCGCCGCUGUGCCUGAAGGGCCUGGAGUCGGUGACCGCCGCGGAGGUCCACCAGCCCAGCCGAUACGUCCUGUGCCCGCGCCGCGAGGCCGGCCGGGCGCUCUCCGACUCGCUGGAGAGCCUGGACAUGCCGGUGUCGUCGUCCGCCGCGACGCUGCCGCUGCAGCCGUCCUGCCACGCCACGCCGGACCGCACCCCGGCCCCCACCCCGACGUUUGAGCUGCUGGAGGACAUGGAGGCGACCAGGAGGAUGCCCUGGCAGUAACUGAGCCAAAGCACUAACUCACCACAGCAUGCUCAUGGCACGAAGGCUUCCUCAGGCCGAUGAGAGGAUUUCCAAGGGGCUCUGAAGACGCUUCUUCAUCCUGCAAACUGCAGGAGACGCUCACGGUUUUAUGCUGCAGAUCCAAUAUUUGCAGCACAAUCUGGAGCUGCGUUUCCAUGACAAAAUGCUCAAAACGUUUUUGAUCAUCUUCUAAUGUAAAAAAACUGAAUUUUGCUGCCACAUCAUUUCCUUUAAAGGUUCCAGUACCACGUAAAACCAACCUUCAGUGAUUCAUCAUGUUGGUGCUUUGAUUCCUUCAUGCAUUUUUGAGAAAUGCAUGAAGAAAUGCACCCAGCUAAAUCCAUUUAGCUGGGUGGACGAAGCCCCGCCUUCGAGCCGCAGCUCCUUCAGACUAGCCGGCAGUAAUUAGCAAACACCACAGCCACGCUGGUGAAAAUGUUAAAGGGUUAAUAGAGGAGCCAUGUUGUGAUGACUUCCUGAAGGCGGAGCUUCAGAAAGAGCAGGAGCUUCUUAAAGUGACAAAGACCCAAUUUCUUUCAAGAAAUUUUACUUAAAAGUAAAACAUAAAUGCUACAUUGUGAAAAUAAGCCACUCUGUGCCUGGAAAACAUAUCACUGCCUCACCCAAUGCUCAAGGUUUUAAUUUAAUGAAUUUCUUUUCAUAAUUCCAACUUGCUGAAUUUGAAGGUGAAUGGAAACGCAGCUACUGAGAUGAAGUUUCUCCUCCUCUCCAAUGAGACGCCGCCAUGCUGGACCGACCCUGUGAAACCAGCUGACACUGCCAGACUGAACCGAUCCCACUCAGACGGACGACUCGUUUCAGUCGGUUUAUCUCUAGACUGUAAAGUAUUUUAAUGACAUAUCUGUUUAAAUCACUGCGGUGUGAAAUACCAGGUACAAUCCCAGGUCUGUCAGACUACAGAGAGCAGAAACAGCCACUUAAAAACGCUUCACUUCGCUUGGACUUUUCUCCGCUUUUCAUCUUGUUACAACCACAAACCUGAAAAUAUGAUUUAUUUAACAAACCGACAGCAGAGUGAAGGAGUUAAAACCAGUCAAUACUUAGAACUGAUCAAUACUCCAACAGUGUGUAGCUAAAUAUUUUGCUUUGAACUAUUUUUGAUGACCCCAAUUAAUCUUUGACUCUUUAGCGUUACAAACGGCACAAUCACAUAAAAUCCCAGUUGGGCGUGUCAGGGUUUGUGGUUGUGACAAAACGCUGAAACAGCAACAGUCUGAAUCUGAAGCCCGUCCUGAAACUGGAUCUGACCCGGUCCGGUCCGCAACACAUACUAUCCUGCACCUUUCCUCCAACACGGGCGUGACGACCUGCAUGACCCCUGAUCCUCCGGGCAUCAGGUGUUUCUACAUUUCAUAGGUAGAGGAAACGGACAAAAACUUUCAAAAGUAAAACGUUUUAUAGAAAAAUCUUGGAAAUUAUGGUGUUUGAAAAGUUUAAAUGUUGCUAGAAAACUUUUGAGAAAAAUUUCAGACAUUUUCUUAAAAAAACAGAAAAAAACGUUUGACAUUUCUGAAUUUGAAAUAUCAAAAUGUUGCUAGAAAAAUAUGAAAAUUUCUAGAAAGAAAUUGGGAGAUUUUUGUCUGAUUUUCAAAAGAAACAUUUUCUAAAGAGAAAGUUGGAGUUUUAAAUGAAAAUAAUCUCAGGCAUUUUCUAGAAAAUAAACAUUUCUGUGUUUGAGAAGUUAAAAUGUUGCUAGAGAAAAAAAAUUAUCAGAUUUGAUCUUUGUUCUGAAAGAAAUCUGGAAAUUUACAAUUUUCAGAAAUCAGAAACUUGCUAGAAGAAAAUCAGAAAUUUUGAAACUAAAUAUCCAAACGUCAAAAGAUUUGCACAUUUUCAAACUCAGAAUUUUCUUGAAAAUCUCAAAAUGUGAGUUUUUUUUUCUAUCAAACUAAAUUUCCACAUUUAAUUUUUUUUUUUUUUUUUUUUUUUAGAGAAAUCUGAACAUUCCGGUAGUUUUUCUUGUUGAGCGGAAACCUCCAAUCAGCAGCAAUAAGGAACAGAUCAAACAAGGAAAUGUUUCAGUGUUGAUAUCAUUCAGAUUUUUGUUUUUAUGCAGAUUUUUUGUAUUUCUUCAACUUUUGCACUAAUGACUUCCAGUGGUUUAGACAUUAUUUCCCUUAAACUUAAAAAAAAAAUGAAUUGAAGGAGAACAAAUCCUGGGAAAAAGCGCAAAAACCGUCAUCCAGCUGCUCUUCUUCUGCGGUUUCUCCAACUGUUGCACUGAGGAGGAGCUGCAACAUGUAUGCACUUAUAUUUUUAUGUAUGUAUAUAAACAGUUUAUUUGUAGUCCUGUA